AAGAUGAAGUUACAAGUGAAUCUGAUGAUGGUGAAUCUGAUGAUAAUGGUGAUUUUGAGAUAUUUGAGAAUUAUACAUCACUGGAUUAUGAGCCAUUUCAAAAUCCACCAAAGUCUGCAACUGAGGCUUUGAUAAAAUUUAUGAAAUUGGUUUUGACAGAAAUCAGAG